UUCGUCUCUCCAACAUUCCGUACUCGACGCUAGGGCGAGACGCACGCCCGCCUUUCUAACGAACGCGACCGACGCGCCGCGCGCCCGCGGCUAGCAUUAGCGCCAUGUUUGACGUUUUCGGCUCCGUUAAGGGGCUUCUCAAACUCGACUCUGUUUGCAUCGACAAUAAUGUGUUUCGUUUACACUACAAAGCCACCGUGAUCAUCUUGAUCGCUUUCUCGCUACUGGUUACCUCGAGACAAUACAUCGGCGACCCGAUCGACUGCAUCGUUGAUGAAAUACCACUGCAAGUUAUGGACACAUAUUGCUGGAUCUACUCGACUUUCACCAUCCCAAAUCGUCUGGUGGGCCGCGUCGGGAAAGACGUAGUGCAAGCUGGCGUCGCAUCUCAUGUCGACGGACAGGAUGAAGUCAAAUAUCAUAAAUACUACCAGUGGGUGUGUUUCGUGCUGUUUUUCCAAGCGAUCCUGUUUUAUGUGCCUCGCUAUCUAUGGAAAUCGUGGGAAGGAGGCCGCAUCAAGAUGUUAGUGCUCGAUCUCAACUGCCCCGUGGUCGGAGAGGACAGUAAAGCAGACCGUAAAAAACUACUAGUGGAUUACUUCCACACAAACUUACACACGCAAAACUUUUACGCAUUUCGCUUCUUUAUAUGCGAAGUGCUAAACUUUAUUAACGUGGUCGGCCAAAUAUUCUUUAUGGACUUUUUCCUCGACGGAGAAUUCUCUACAUACGGUGCUGACGUUGUACGUUUUACCGAAAUGGAACCAGAAGAACGUGAGGACCCGAUGGCUCGAGUGUUUCCUAAAGUGACCAAAUGUACCUUCCACAAAUACGGUCCGUCUGGCACCGUGCAGAACUUCGACGGCCUGUGCGUGUUACCGCUUAACAUCGUGAAUGAGAAGAUAUACGUGUUCCUGUGGUUCUGGUUCGUGAUACUAUCCAUCCUGAGCGGCAUCUCGUUGAUCUACCGCAUGGCCGUUGUGGCUGGACCUCGCGUGCGCCUGUACCUGCUGCGCGCCCGCAGCCGUCUUGCUCCUCAGAGCGAAGUGGAGGCCGUGGCUCGCAAACUGCAAAUCGGCGACUGGUUCGUGCUGUAUCAACUUGGCAAAAACAUUGACCCUUUGAUCUAUAAAGAGUUUAUUGGUGAUUUAGCUCAAAAGUUCGAAGGAAAGGACUCUGUGUAGUCGCCUUAGUGAUAAUGGAGGUACGGACGGUUAGUGGGAAGCGUGUAUGCUUCUAUUUGAUAAAAACCGAUAAAAAGUGGGUAGCUAAGAGACUUCGUGCCGUCCUAGCAUCAUGGUGUUUAUUACAAUCGAAGGCCCGGUGCGCGUCGCGGGCGGUGCAGUGCGGCAACGUGGUGCUCGGGCUACCUGCGCUGCGCCCGCGCCGCUGCCCGGGCGGGGCGGCCGCACAAAGAGCGCCGGCGGGGAGCGGCUGCAAGCCGACAUUCCAUUACCUAAGCCCGUAGCGGGGAACGACCUCGCCGGGCCGCAGUCAUUGUAUUCCAGAACCGCUUUAACAUUUAUAGCUACUGUAACUAUGAUAGUCUUCUAAUUACUCUUCCAAAUGCAACACAUCGACUGAUACUUGCCACUUUUUGGCGCGCAUGCAUUUAGCAUAACAUGUUUUGGCGCAAUUUUAUUAAAUAUUGCAUAGUCGUAAAAUGUAGUAAGAUCUCGUGCCUUCGUUUUAUAUUUUGUAUUAUUUUGUGUAUGAGUGUGAGUUGUGUCGAUUGACGUCUCUCGAUUGUGAUAUGUAAUUAUUAAUAAAAUAAUCUAAAUUAAGUGUUUAUCGUGUAUGAGAUUGAUCGAGUGGACGACUGGUUUAGUUUUAAGUUAGUUAGUUUUGUUAUCGAAUGUUAUACUCGAUACGAUAUUGUAUAAAGCAAUAAACUAUUAUUGUAAGAGAGCAAUCUAAAUCAUUAAAGACAAUACAUUGUAUUUGUAUGAAUAACGAUUUAUCAUGAAUUUUUAUACCGACUUUAUUCGACUGGUUAAAUAUUUUCUGAUUAUAUUUACUGCCAUCUGUA